UCGGUGGUUGGCCUGUGACGCGCAGAGCGUGGCCGCGAUGAAGCCCCCAUAUUGGAGCCGCGCAGUGCAAGCGCGACAGACAGCAAGCGAGCGAAAGAGCGCAGGAACAGACUCGGUGUUCCAUCGUUGCCAUAGUGAAAAAGUGGAUUCAUCACGACCAUGAUGCUCUGAUCAGUACGUGGAGUGUGGGGUUUCUCCAAAACAUGCACGGUGGUCUAGUUGAGGUAAUGACCAGCCCCUUUACCGGUCUGUUACCCGUUACCAUGGAGACCACCGCUUCACCAUAGAGGAGGAUAUUCCUCAACCAAUCAGAGUGGAGUCCAGUUUCGACCAGAAGGAGUCUAAAGUAUUUCCCAACAUACACUGCUUCUCUCUGGCAAUCCUAAUUGGUAACGUGGCAAUGGCCUUUCCCUGACUUCCACAGCAGGAGGAGGAAGAGGAAGUCCACAUUUUUGCUAUUUUCUUUUGGCUUGCCAUCACUCCUCACAAUGGAGAGGAACUUAACUCUUAUGAAGGGUAGUAGUGCUUGACCAAACUGGACACCGUCAAGACACAUCAUCAAGACAUUAUCUUUGUUAACAAAUUAACCAAUAAGAUGAUCUGGGUCAUCCUGGCCCUGCCCAUGUGGGCGUGGCGUGGGACUGUUGGCGAUGCCCAGUCUAACGAGCGGCGAGUCGUGGCACACAUCCCCGGUGACAUCAUCAUAGGAGCCCUGUUCUCUGUCCAUCACCAGCCGACAGCGGACAAGGUACACGAACGUAAAUGCGGCUCGGUGCGCGAGCAGUACGGUAUCCAGCGUGUUGAGGCCAUGCUGCACACUCUAGACCGUAUUAACGCUGACCCCCGUAUCCUCCCCAACAUCAGCCUGGGCUGUGAGAUAAGAGACUCCUGCUGGCACUCUGCUGUGGCCCUGGAGCAGAGCAUUGAGUUCAUACGAGACUCCCUGGUGUCCUCCGACGAGGCCGAGGUGGGGGGAGGCAGUGUGUGGGGGGGGGGCGGGGGAGGAGCCGACGGGAGGGGAGGGCCGAGGUGUGCGGACCCUGCUGCAACCCCCAUGCGGGGGAAGAAGCCCAUCGUCGGGCUGAUAGGACCAGGUUCCAGCUCUGUGGCCAUUCAGGUCCAGAACCUCCUACAGCUCUUCAACAUACCCCAGAUUGCCUACUCUGCUACCAGCAUGGACCUCAGUGACAAAAGUUUGUAUAAGUACUUUAUGAGGGUGGUGCCAUCAGAUGCUCAGCAGGCCAGAGCCAUGGUGGACAUUGUCAAGAGAUACAACUGGAGCUACGUCUCUGCCAUACACACAGAGGGUAACUACGGGGAGAGUGGGAUGGAGGCGUUCAAGGAUAUGGCUGCCAAGGAGGGCAUCUGCAUCGCCCACUCUGGUAAGAUCUGGAGCAACGCAGGGGAGAAGAGUUUUGAUAGGCUGCUGGAGCGUCUUAGAGCCCACCUGCCCAAGGCCAGGGUGGUAGCCUGCUUCUGUGAGGGCAUGACGGUCAGGAACAUCCUCAUGGCCAUGAGACGACAGGGACUGGUGGGGGAGUUCCUAUUGGUCGGCAGGUCAGUGGACACUGGAACUGCAGAGAUACACACAAACACAUACUGAUACGCAGACACACACUGUACAUAUUGAGUGUUUGUGUGUGGUGUGAGGGUAUGGAUUAGAUAGGAGGGUAGGAUAAUACAUAUGUAUCUCUCUAUAUCUCUCUCCUCUCUCUCUCUAUCUCUCUCUCUGUCCUCUCUCUCCUCUCUCUCUCUAUCUCUCUCUCUGUCCUCUCUCUCCUCUCUCUCUCUAUCUCUCUGUCCUCUCUCUCUCUCUCUCUCUCUCUCUCUCUCUCUCUCUCUCUCUCUGACCUCUCUCUCUCUCUCUCUCCUCUC